GAUGUAAUAGGAGUGUUGGUAUAUAUGGAACGUUUUUUCAUCACCUCUCCAGGCCAGCCUGAGUGGCUAGGUGGCUAGGUGGCUAGGUGGUUAGAGUCGUGGGGACUGACACCAUAGGUGCGGGGUUCGUAUCCCGAUCCCGCACUGAAAUGUCAGGUGAUCCAGAGCAUUGGCUGGGAACAGCUCUGGUUCCUCCCCUUACCCACAAAUCUACCACUGACCCAUGUUUCUCAAAGGGCAGCGUACAGUUCGGC